GCUGCCGAUCAUCUCGCAACGAUAGGAAGAGACAAGAGGCAGAAGCCAGAGAUGGAAGCAGCGACGCAUCGCUCUCGUGUCCUGGCGGAAGUCGACCCCCGCAGCGAAUGGGUUCGCGGGGACGAAUUCGACACGCUCAUCAUGGACGUCUCAGGGUUCACCAAGGACCAGCUGAAGGUUCAGGUGGAGGCGUCGGGUAGCCUGAGGAUCAGCGGCGAGCGCACCCUGAACGGCAGCCGGCAGUGGAGCCACUUCCUCAAGCGCUUCGACCUCCCUGACGCCUGCGACGGCACGGCGAUCAAGGUGCAGCUCGCCAAGGGAGUCCUCUACGUCCAGGUGCCCCAUCCCAAUACCUCCACCACCACGGACGACGACGAAGACGACACAGAAGAGUACCUGGAGGACGAGCUGGAGGAAGAGGCUGGCGCCGUCUGGACCGGCGGUCACACGGCGGCGUGGCGAAAUGACGACGAGCACCCGGUGCGGAGGCUGGUUAAGGCCCUGAGCCAGCACCGGCACGUCGUCCUCAACGUAGUUCUCGCCGCCGUGCUCCUCUGGCUUGUCGCCUUCGGGAAGAGCAGGCCGAGCGGUGGGCAGAUCAAGAACGAAUGAGGCAUGCAACACCAGACGCACACAUAACAGUACAGUCCUACAGCAUACCAGAUGUAAUUCUCCAGAUGAUAAAACGGAAUAAGAUCCUUGUAAAUAACCAGGAUUGGGAUGGUUCGAAUCAAAGCCUCAACACACGUCAAUCA